AUGCUGCGCAUCUGGAAGACUUCAGGAGAGCAAGUGUGUGCUCUAAGUGUGGACGAGGUGCGUGAUGUACGGAACUUGAAGCAACACUUGCAGAGCCUAUGCGGGCGACCGCGAUUUGCACAAAGGCUCUUGCACAAUUGCGUAAACUGGGAUGAUGACACCGUGUUGACAUCAUCCAGCGAUGUUGAUAUUCAGCUGGUUUUGCUCCCGUUCGUUGCUGCUUCCCAAUCGCAGGCGCUCCAGCUGGUACGUGCUGCUGAGGGCUGCCACAUUGGUGAGGUCGAGGAGAUUUUACAGCGACCGCAAGAUCCAAACAUGGCAUGCAGCGAGUCCUUCCUGUUUAGAGAAAUGACACCUCUGGGUAUCGCAGCUGAGAAUGGUCAUCUGGAGAUAGUUCAGCUACUACUGGAAGCUGCUGCUGACGUGGACAAGCUUUAUGCACGAUAUUCAGGGCCAGAAGCAACACCUCUUGGAAGCUCUGUAAGCCGUGGCCAUGUUGCGGUAGCGCGUGCCUUGUUGGAAGCCUGUGCGAACGCAGACAAGUCAUUCGGAGAUCUUCAGAAGCAGCCUUGGGUUUCAUGUUCUUUGGCUGUGCCGAGAGAUGGGAUGGAAGAAUUCAUUGGCAUAGAGGGUGGUACUUUCGAUAUGUUCUUUGAGAGGCAAGACCACAGGUGCAGCAUAGAAUUGGAGGAAGGUGCAAACAUGCGCUGCCUUGUUCCUAUUGGCGUGGCAGCUGAAACAAGUGCUGAGAUUGUUCACUUGCUUCUUGUGGCUAGAGCUGACAAGGAGGGCUUUGCACAUCCCUUUGAAGACACGCCUCUGUUCAAGGCAUCCAAAGCUGGUGAUUUGCAGAGUGUUCGCUUGCUGCUGGAAGCGAGGGCAGACGCUAAUGGCAAGCAACAUCGGAACCGGAUGUAUCGCGCACGUUCAAUAAAUAUUUGUCAUGAGCACUUGCCAGCAGGUGGGCAUGAUGGCAUCUACCGCUUUUACGACUCAUUUGGGGGAGUGCCCCUUCGUGCAGCAGCCCGCAGCGGACACAUUCACAUCUCGCGCGUGCUGUUGGAAGCGCGUGCCCAACCGGAUGAGCGCCCGACAGAGACUUGCAUGACACCCCUCUGCCUAGCAGUUGAGGGAGGUCACGUCGACAUCGUGAGCGCGCUGCUGGAUGCUGGUGCCGAAACAGAUCAGUGCUAUCAAGGAAAGACGCCGCUGUAUAUAGCAGCCGCGUCUGGCCACAUCGAGAUUGUGCGCCUGCUCCUUGAUGUUUGUGCCGACUUUGAGCAGACAGCAAGAGAUGUGGCAUACCAGAGGGGUCACACAGAGAUUGUGCACCUUCUGGCAAGGACGAAUAGGCAUUGCAACUGUAAGAUUUCGUAG